GAAUGUAUUGCUGUAAACACUGAAUGACUGAAAUGUAAACAAUUUAUUGCAAACUUUAUGAUUGAAAGUGUCGUUCAAAUGGUUUGAUUGAUGGAUAUGUUGUGAUACUUGAAUGUCAAUCACGUCAUCUAAUUAGCCAUCAAUUGCAAGUGCGAUGAGUUCGAGUCCAUUACCCGAACCGGUGACCAACAGGCGGCACAAAAUGUCGUCAAUGAAUGCGCUCCAGAAGUGCAGUCAAUAUAUUUACCGACUGUUCCGCGUCGGACACAUGGACUUUGAGUUUGCCGUUUGGCAAAUGAUUUAUCUGUUUAUAUCACCGAAAAAAGUUUACCGCAACUUUCAAUACAGGAAACAAACGAAGAAUCAGUUCGCUCGCGACGACCCGGCAUUUCUUGUCCUACUUUUUGUUUGUUUUCUCAUAUCAGCCACCGGUCUAUCACUGGUAUUGAGACUACACUUCUUGGGUUUUGUUAAGUUCUUGUUUUGGGUGGUGUUUGUCGACUGUAUACUUGUGGGUGCAGUCGUGGCCACACUUUUUUGGUUUAUAACCAAUAAAUAUAUGCGAAAAUCUGAAACUGAAGACAUUGAGUGGGGCUAUGCUUUUGAUGUCCAUUUAAACGCAUUUUUUCCACCACUCGUUAUAUUACAUGUAUUUCAACUAUUUUUCUAUAACGUGCUUAUAAGUCAAGACUACUUCAUUGCCCGCUUCUUUGGUAACACAUUAUGGCUGAUAGCCGUUACUUAUUAUUGUUAUAUAACUUUUUUGGGAUACAGUUGUUUAGCAUUUGUAAGACACACUCAAACCAUAUUAUAUCCAUUGGUUCCCUUAUUCUUGUUCUAUUUGGUUACAAUUAUCUCUGGAGUUAAUAUCUGUAGAGUUAUUAUGGAUUUCUAUCAUUACAGAGUCUAUUGAUUUACUGCUAAUAUAUAUUU